UGUGUAAGUUGGCAUAAUUUUCAGGCUGAGGAGUCAAAAGAAAAGUGUAUGCUAAGGUUGUCUGUACAAAGAUCAGGAACAAAAAAACCCCAAACCAAAAGUCUAGAUUCUACAGUUGGGGUGGAACACAUGAAUCCCUGUCUAUGACUCAGCUCAAACACAAGUUCCUCUGAAAUAAACCAGAAGAAGAGAGAGGCAAUAUUCCUUAUAGGAUCAAGGUUCUUGCAUUUCACAGCUGCAGCUGUUCUACACUGACCACAGAGGGACCAGGGGUUGCUCACUGAUCAGGACUCAACCAAUAAGAUGGACAGAUAUCCCUUCUUCGUGUUUGUGUUGUGUGGGGUAUUUUUGCCAAGAGUCCUUUGUUUUCCACAUGAAAACCUUACAAUAGAUUGUGAUACUAUGCUACCACACCAUGGAGGUGAACCACAAAAAUCCACUCCACCAUAUGUUAUUGCUGUAUCUUUUGAUAAAUAUGAUCCAGGAAAUGAAAUUGAAGUGACUCUAGAGGGAACUGCAGAGCGUGGUUUUCAAGGAUUUCAUCUACAGGCUCGAGAACUUGAAGGAGAUACUCCUGUUGGUUCCUUUAAAAUUACAGAUCCAAGCACACAAGCCCUUGCAUGUCAUAAUGUUUCGAAUUCAUCGGUAAGCCACACAAAUUCAGAGGUGAAGCACAAAGUUACAACAACUUGGAUUGCACCUUCGGACACAAAGAGUAUUCAAUUUAGAGCAACAUUUGUUCAAGAUUCAAAGAACUUCUGGGUUGGAGUUCUCAGCAAAACUGUCACUCCUAGACAUUCUCAGUCAGCCAAUGUCACAGAAAGAAGGAAUAAGAAGAAGGCUUCACGGAUUGUGAUUGAGAUGGAAUGUACCAAGAAAGGAGGCACUUACUCAACUAGUGGCGGAUGUAUUCAGGGUGGAUCCUCUGGUUCCUCUCAGACUAGCUAUUCUAUUGGUCAGGUUGGAGUCAUUUCUCCAGGAGGCAGCCGGGGUGGAUGUGUCCCAGGCACUGAUGGCAUAUACAGCAGCUAUGGUUGUAGAGAUGGUGCUGUCUCAAUUAACACCGGCAUGUCCUAUGGCCAGUCUGUCUCCUCAGGCAGUGGUGUUCAAAAGCCAGUGUCCUAUCCCGACAGCAAACCCUACCCACCUGUGCGUGAAACUUUCCCAUCGAUCUUGGCCAACUCUGGAUAUGGCAACCGCAUUAUCCAUUCACAAGUUGGACAGAGAGUCAAUCCUUGUGAUCGAAGUUCAUCCUCCUACAACAUCAUUAUCUGUAAACUGAGUCAAUCUUCUACCUCACAGAACAGCAAUACCAAAGGCCAAGAUCCGUCCACUUUCUCACAGGGCAGCCAAGUAAUCUCACCGGGCAGCCAACAGGGUGGAUCAUCUUCCUCCGGAGUCAGUACAGGUUGUGGAGAGGGUACUUCAUACGACAGCAAUCCCUGCCACCAGUUAGAAAAGUCAUCUUGCUGUCUGACCCAGGUGUCUUUACAGGGUUCACCAAGUAAUUCAGGCAGCAGUAACCGUGAUUGUGAUCAGAGUUCAUCCAACUGUGCAGGCAACAAGGUUAUUGUUGCCCGGGAUACAUCUCGUGCUCUAAGCAGAAGCAGUUACAAUGGACAGAAUGAAUCCUCUAGCACAAACAGCACUAGUGCCAAUGUCCAGGGUGGAGCAUUUAUCUCAUUCAACAACACUUCCAGUGGCCAGGGAUUACCUUCAGGAGGAAAGCAGUCUGGUGGAGAUGGCUCACAUUCCUCAGAAGACGGCUCCAUAAGCUCUGCUGGGAAACAGUCCAGCCCUAGCCUUUUGCUGCUAUUCAGUGUUUUGAGUGCCUUUGCCACCUCUUCAGUUGUGCCCAAGUGGUUUAUAUGAACAUCUGAAUACGUGACUGGAGACCACAAAGUGUAUUCUUUGUGGUAGUGUAAUAACAGAUUAAUUUUCUGUAUAAAAUUCUAAUCAAAGUUGAAUA